AUUUUCUAUUUCUCCUUCUAUUUCGGGAUCCGUAUUCGCUUCUUCUACUCAGGUGUGCCCUAACCCCUCUUGAAACGUCAACUGACUCCCGCCGCUCGCUAUCACCCGCGCUGGCGGAUCGUCCGUCUCACCUCCGACUAUUCUGCCGUGAACACCGUCCCCGAGUCUCUCUCUCUUCUUGACGUCACCGACCGCCGGCCGGCCCUGAAGCUCCACGAUCAAGCUAACAUGGCUUUGGAGGAGAAGUGGUGCUUAUAAUUUGGACACUUUUUGCUCAUUAGCUGGACCUUUUUAGGAGGAGAGCUGAUGGUUCUGAUAAACGUGCCUCUCUUAUGGAAGAAGAGAAGCUGAAUCUAAUGUCGUCUUGGAUAAUUUUGGUGUAGCAUGUUAGACGUUUGUGGAUGAUAGGGACGGUUAAGAUAGGUGGUCAACUUUAGAUAUUGUGUUUUAAUUCUUUGGAUCUUCAAGUAGACUUUAAAACUUGAAGGCAUCGCUAGGGAUUUAUAAUUUUUGAUAAUUGAAAGCCAUUUCUUCUGGAAAAAAAAGGGGAAGAGAGAGAUGACAGAGACAAAAGAAUCAGUUUGUGGGCAAGUUCCUAACGUCCUUGCUUCCUUUGUGGACACAUUUGUCGACUACUCCGUGAGUGGUCUCUUCUUGCCCCCUUUGACUGCUAGCCCUAACUCACCAUCAUCAACCUCAUCGUUGCAAACACAUCAUCCUGUUCCCGACCGUCUGAUUGCUAUUGGUGAUCUACAUGGGGACCUUCAAAAGUCCCGGGAGGCCUUCACACUGGCUGGUCUUAUUGAUGGUAAUGGAAAUUGGAUUGGCGGUUCAACCACUGUCGUCCAAAUUGGUGAUGUGCUCGAUCGUGGGCCGGAGGAAUUAAAGAUUCUCUAUUUUCUUGAAAAACUAAAGCAGGAGGCGGCAAAAUCCGGGGGAAAGUUGAUCACAAUGAACGGAAACCAUGAGAUUAUGAAUGUGGAAGGUGAUUUUAGGUUUGUAACUAAGAAGGGGUUAGAAGAAUUUAGGAAUUGGGCGGACUGGUUUACCAUUGGGAAUCAGAUGAAGGGCCUGUGUAAAGAACUAGAGAAGCCAAAGGAUCCAUUCAGUGGAAUUCCUGCAGUUUUUCCUGGUAUUAAGGAGGAAUUUGUAGAUGGUUUUAGGGCUAGAAUUGCUGCUUUGAAGCCCAAUGGUCCUAUAGCUAGUCGAUUCUUAUCGCCGAAUCUGACUGUGUUGGUUGUUGGUGAAUCGGUGUUUGUCCAUGGGGGCCUUUUGGCUGAACAUGUGAAUUAUGGUUUGGAGAGGAUUAAUGAAGAAGUGAGGGAUUGGAUUAAUGGGCUCAAGGGGAGAUUUUCUCCGAGCUAUGUUAGGGGUAGAAAUUCUUUAGUUUGGUUGAGAAAGUUCUCGGAUGAGGUUGCAAAGAACUGUGAUUGUUCUGCUCUUGAACAUACUUUAGCAACAAUUCCGGGGGCAAAAAGAAUGAUAAUGGGGCACACUAUUCAGGAAGCUGGAAUUAACGGCGCCUGCAAUAAUAGGGCCAUAAGGAUUGAUGUUGGGAUGUCCAAAGGAUGUACUAACGGGUUGCCUGAGGUGUUGGAGAUCACCAAAAACUCUGAGGUUCGGGUCUUAACCUCUAAUUCCUUGUACCAGAAGAAGCAGAAACCUUACCUGGAUGCUCAUAGAAAGGACGGUCUUGGUUUGUUGGUUCCUGAACAGGGUCCGAAACAAGUGGAAGUGAGGGCCUAAAAGUCAAAAAGCGCAAAGAUGAGUGGGUUUAACAGUCUUGCUCCCAAGACAAAGAACCUGAUCGUGGCUGGGGGCUUGACGGGGUUUGUGUUUGGGGUCUAUUUCUAUACAAUGAGAGCUGUUGGCGGUACCGAUGAACUUCAGGUCGCUAUUGAUAAGUUUGAAGGCCAAAGAAGGAAGCAAGAGGCUGAGGAAGCUCUACCUUCAAAGGCUUGAUGCACG